UCAAAUUUGAAGGGGGAUAACAACUCAGAAGUUGGAAGUUGCUCGAAUGUUCAUUGAAAUCCAAAACAAGAUAAAUUUAAAUCUUUUAAUUUUUAUUAAAAAAAGGUUCAAAACAGCAUUAAAACAAUAAGGAAUAGAUAUUAAAAUCAUAAAGGAAUAUUAAAUAAUACAUACUGCAUACAUCAUUUUAACAACAAGUACAAGUACAAGUCAGAAUUAAAAAUGCAUAUAGAGAAUCCAGACGCUUUAAAGAGUUGGCUAACGCCAGUCUUAGAACCAUUAUGUGAUGCCGACCCAACUGCACUCGCAAAAUACGUACUGGCUCUGCUGAAGAAAGACAAGCCGCAAAUCGAGUUAACUGGAUGCAUGGCAGAACAAUUGGAUGUGUUUUUAGGAAAAGAGACAAAACCAUUUCUGGACAAGUUAUUUAGUGUAAUUCAAAAUCAGGAGUACAUCACCGUGAGUUCAAGUGAUAAGAAUCAGAAUGUCGUAGUGGCGAAUCCAAUUAAGGAACGUGAAACAACACCUCCCGUAAUUACUAGCAGCCAGUCAAGUAAUAAUACGACAAAUUCAUCUGGUGGAAUUAAAAGAACCAAAGAAUCUGCCGAUGAAGGAGGACGAUAUGAUAGGAUCUCAACAGUUAAUAGAAAAACAACGUCUGUGACAACACCAAGUAAGAGUAAGAGUCAAGAGCCAAUUUCUAAAACAUUAACUGAUGCAAAUAAUCGAGAUAUGCGUCGUAGACGAAUAUCAAAUCGCUCAAAGAGUCGAUCAAAAUCAAAAAGCCGAUCCAGAUCAAAAUCACUGGAGAGAAUUAGACGAUCAAGAUCACGUGAGAGAAGACUAGCAAAUAAUAAUGAUUAUGUACGUGAUAAACAAAAUCGUUCAUAUCGUAAUUUAUCACCACAAGCUGCUGCAUCAGCAGCCAGACGCUAUGAUCAUCGUAAGAAUGAUAGAGUAUCUCCAAAGCCAUAUCGUGGAAAUCUCCCGAGGAGGUCUAGAAGUCGUUCAAUGUCACCAACUUAUAGAAAAAUAUCCCCAAAACCUGAAGAAUUCCCAUUUGAGAAUAAGAGCAAAAGAUGUCGUGAUUUUGAUGAGAAAGGAUAUUGUAUGCGUGGAGAAACAUGCCCAUGGGAUCAUGGUGUAGAUCCAGUUGUAUUGGAGGAUUUAAAUAAUCCACAAAUUGGAAUGGCACCAGUUUCUCUUAAUAUUCGUGCACCUCAUCAUACUGAAUAUAAUCCAGACAAUCCAGAUUUAUGGAAUAGAAGUGGGCCUGGAUUUCCACCAUCUAAUCGUAUGAUGCUUCCUGGACCAAGACCACCUUAUUUUGGUGGAUUUCGUGGAGGUCCUGGAAUGUUUAAUAUGCCACCGACUGGUUCGUUGCCUCGUGAAUUAAUCUCUGUUCCUGUUAUGGAUCCAAAUGUCUCGUCUGUUCCUGGAGAAAUGGCACCACAAAUGAAACGUCGAUUUGAUGCCGAAGAAGGUGCAGCAAAUAAUGAAGGUCCAAAAAGAAAAUUACCAAUUAAUGCACGUCUUGGACCACGUAUAAAUUCUGGAAUGCCUAUGAAUCCACAAGCAAAUUGCUCGUUAGAAUUGAGAAAAAUUCCGAGAGGAUUAAAUGCAAUUUCACAUCUUAAUGACCAUUUUUCAAAGUUUGGUAAAAUCACAAACAUCCAAAUUGCUUAUGAAACUGAUCCAGAAGCGGCUAUUGUGACAUUUUCAACGCAUGCUGAAGCAAAUGUUGCUUACAGAAGUACAGAAGCUGUGCUUAAUAAUCGAUUUAUUAAAGUGUUUUGGCAUACAGGAAAUGGCGCAAAUAGUGAUAAUCCAAUGAGCGGAGCUCAAGGCUCGUUACCAAAACCAUCAGAAUUGUCAAUGAGACGUUUCCCAUACACACCAAAUAAUCAGCCAUCAGCAAAUCAACAAGCAUCGUCUGGCGAUAAUACAAAUCAGUCAAAUGCAUCACAGUCAAGUAAUAACAAUAGUAAUAAUAUUAAUAAUAAUAAUAAUAGUCAAGAUUCAGCAACGACAAGUUCCGCGACAACACCUACAGUAUCAAAACCGUCAACAACAUUCGUGAGUUCAGCUACAAUUGCAGCUCAACAAGCGGCACAACAACAAAGAUUAAAGGCAGCUAAAUUGAGUCGUGCAACAAAUGAGAUGAUAAAGAAGAAACAAAAGGAACAACAAAAGGAAGUCUAUCAAAUAGCUCACGGUCUAUUACAAAAGAAGCAGGAACUGGUGCAAAAGAAUGUUUCACAAAUGAAACAGUUAUUUGACAAGUUAGAGAAAACUGAUCCGAUGGAUCCAGCAAGAGGUCAUUUAAUGGAUACCAUUAAGUCACUCCAAAUGAUUAUUGAUAAAAUGAAGCUUGAGCUUGAAUCUGAAUCAGCACAAAUUGUUCAAAAGAUGCAGACAACAACACCUCCGCAACGUAAGACAAAGGAACAACAACAAAAGGAACUGCUUGAUUGCGAAUUGGAACUAAUUAGUAAGGAACAGCAUGGAGAUAAUGAUACAUAUGCCAUACAAAAGCGAUAUCUUGAACUUCAAAAGUCCCUAAAUCGUCCACAUUUUGCAGCAGCUGGUCCACGACCACAAAUUGUGAGACCAACUAUUGCACGUUUUGGUUCCACGAGUGUCGAUCGACGACCUACAACACUAGAAAUUAGUGGAUUUAACAUGGAUGAGAGCGAUGCUGUCUUAGGACAUUUUAAGCAUUUCGGUGAGAUCACGAAAAAUGUAUUGGAUGAUAAAGUGCCAUGCUUAGUGUUGUCAUAUUCAAAUCGUAUAAAUGCUGAGCAAGCAUUAGCUCGUGGACGACAGUUCAAAGAUAAGGCAUUAGCUAUCAAAUGGUUUACUGAAAAGGUGCAAGUAAAAGAAGAAGCAACAGAGAUGAUUGAAAAGGCAGAGGAUGUUGGUGGUAAGAGUCCAAAAUAUGAGUCGGUCAAAUUGGAGAAGAAAGAAGGUUCAGAUGAUGAAGAAAUGGAAGAAGAAGAACGCUCUUGGAGACGCGGCUAUGAGGAUGGAGAAUAAGUUCAUUUAUUUAUUUUUAUUAUUUUCCUUUCUCAUUUUUAAUUAAAAGAAUAAUAAUUCGAAACAGUUGAUUGUUUUGAGAUGCAGUAGAAUAUGCAAUAGCAAUUUUAAUGGAAUAUUCAUACAUUACGUGAACUCUUUUAUAAACAGGAAUUAUCUAAUUUUUCCUUAAUAUCCUUUUUUUAAAUCUAUAAGUUUGUCGUAUUAAUCAAUUUCUUCAUGUUGAGAUUUUUUAUAAAAAGAUUAACACUCAAAAUGGCUUUUUACAAAACAAUUUUCAUAGUAAUAACGAUAAUAUUAUGCUGAUUUGAGUACAGGAAGAUGACAUUUUGCCCUUUUUUGAAUGUAAAUUUGUUGUAUUGCGAGUUAUGUUAAUGAAAUAUAAAAUGUAAUAGUCUAUAAGGAUGUCUAAAAACUGAAAAAAUGGAAAACAAAAAACAUGCAAUGGUAAAUAAAAAAAGAACGAGUAAAGAAAGUUUCGGACGAAAAAAAAAGAAAAGAAGGAAGUAGAAUAAAAGGAAACAAAAAAAAAGAAUUCAAAUUCGAUACCAAAAAUAAAGAAGAUGAAAAAAUUUCGGAAAUAUUUUCCUUUUAACAGUGAAAAACAAUUUUAAAACCAUAAAAAAAA